GCCUCGGGCGAUGGUUUUGGGAGGAUCCGCGUUCUACCUCGUCGGGAAGAGAGGCUCUUCUCCCCCGUGGUCGGGAGCCCAAGGGUAGAGGGCGAGGCGGAGGGAUAUGUGGCAGCGGAGGGGGGCGGAGACGCGCCCGCGUGAGGGGGAAGAGAGGAUGAAGGAGGCCGAGUGGGGGUGAAGGGGCAGGAAUCUCUAGGGGAAGGCCCCCCCCUUCCCGCUCUUCUGCGACAGAGUAUUUGCCAAGAUCAAGAGGCGGAAGCAUUCAGCAGAUUGAACUCCAAUGUUUGGAAGUACUUGGGCUUUGGCAAAUCCUCAAUGAGAGGAAAUUCUAUAAUUGUGGGGAAAUCUCCAGAGAUGACUUACUGAGGAUCUUCACUCUUCACAAGUUGCUUGCAUUCGGAGACCCUUGCAUUAUCUGCUUCUCUUUGAGCCUGGAUCUGAAAUCAGUCAAGUGGGGAAAAGCCCUAUGAUGAGGAGUGAAGUUUCCUUCUGCGGCGAAAAUGGAGAACCCAAUGGCCAGUUCAUCUCCCCCAUCGCAUUUCCCCGAGGAUGAUGGCUCCAAGGAGAGUAACGAUAUUCCAGCUGGGCUAAAUCACUCUGAAGGAUCGUGCAGUGGCAGUGCUUCCCAGACUGCCAACAAUCCAGAUUUUACAGAGGACUUGCUGCAAACCCAACUGCUUCGAAAUGAGUCAUCUAAUAAAGCUGAAAAUAGCGAGCCAAGGCCUGAAGAGGAGCAAAGAACGAAGAGAGGAGGCUGGUCCAAAGGGCGAAAGAGGAAGAAACCCUUAAGGGACAGCAAUGCUCCUAAAUCUCCCCUAACGGGUUAUGUGCGGUUUAUGAAUGAGCGGAGGGAGCAGCUGCGAGCCAAGAGGCCGGAAGUUCCAUUCCCAGAAAUCACCAGGAUGUUGGGCAAUGAAUGGAGUAAACUGCCUCCUGAAGAGAAAAGGCGCUACCUCGAUGAAGCCGAUCGAGAUAAGGAGCGAUACAUGAGGGAGCUGGAGCAGUACCAGAAGACGGAGGCUUACAAAGUCUUUAGCAGGAAAGCGCAGGACAGACAAAAAGGCAAAUCGCAUCGACAAGAAGGAGCGCGCCAGACUGCCCAUGACCACGAGAAGGAAACCGACACGAAGGAGAGGUCUGUUUUUGAUAUCCCCAUCUUCACAGAGGAGUUCCUGAACCACAGUAAAGCACGGGAAGCAGAGCUGCGUCAGCUGCGCAAGUCCAACAUGGAAUUUGAGGAAAGGAAUGCUGCCCUCCAGAAGCACGUGGAGAGCAUGCGCACGGCGGUGGAGAAGCUGGAGGUGGACGUGAUCCAAGAGCGGAGCCGCAACACGGUGCUGCAGCAGCACCUGGAGACCUUGCGGCAGGCCUUGACCAGCAGCUUUGCCGUGGUCCCGUUACCAGGAAGUGGAGAGACCCCCACAAUGGACACUAUUGAUUCAUAUAUGAAUCGACUGCACAAUAUUAUUCUGGCAAACCCACAGGAGAACGAGAACCUCAUCGCCACAGUCCGGGAAGUUGUAAACCGCCUCGAACGCUAGUGACUUGAUGUUUUUCUUAAAGGACUAAAGCAAGUGAGGAGUGAGAGCCCUUAUGGAACUACGGCCAGGGUGGGUGAGAAGCCACUUCCCUAUUGGAUGAACUAUUCAGUGCGUGCAAACCUUCCUUGAGGACUUGGGAGCAGCUCCAGAGACCAGAUUAUACAUAUACCUGUAUAUGCCCUAUCCUCUGCAUCCGACUGGCAGGGCAAAGCUCUGCUACAGUUUCCAAUUCGUUGCCAUCUGUGGGUGUGCGGCUCCAUUCAGGCAAGGUUGCCUCUCUCUGGUGGUAAUCCAGGACUCAGAAAUGUGAUUUAACCUGAGCUCCAAUGGAGAGAGCCUCCUAUGUCCUUGCAUCUUUGUUGCAUGUACACGGUGUCCUGCCAACCUCGAGAUUUCCGUUCCCAUCUGUCGAAACUGUCUGCAGCCGUGUGUGGUGUUACGAAAAAGGCCAGUGAUAAUCGGGAGAGAAGAGGAUGGGCCAGCUUUUUCUCUCUCCUAGCAUCAAAAGCAUAAAAGCUUUCAUUCUGGACUAAAACCAAACAUGCCAUCCUUCUUUUCUAUAGUUUGUCCCUUAGUCUGUUAUAUGCAGUAGUCUUAUUAUUCAGAUAUCUCUGUCAAUCAAAAGGAAACAGGGGGGUGGGGGUGGGAU